AUGAAAGAUGGAAUUUUUGAUGACUUCAAUGAUAAAGAACAUAUAUUUGAAUUUACUAAAGGGAAUUAAACAUAUAUAAGAGAUAUUGGAACCAUUACUGACUAUAAGGUUAAAAAUUAAGGGACAACUACUAAAAAAGACGGAUAAGAUUUUGAAGUACUAUUCUUUAUAUUCAGCAAUAAAUAGACUAAAAUGAAUUAUAAUAAACAAAAGGAAAUCUUUAUAUAAUUCAAGUUGAUUAAAAUAAAUUAUCUUAAUUUUUAAAAAGAGUGUUACCAACUGUUAUUAAAGAAUUAGAUGAAUCAUAAAAUUUGAAAAAAUAUCAUAGUAUUAAAUAAUUGAUUAUUAAAAUAGGUUAUAAACCAUUAUCUGAUAUUUAGAGAAAAGAAACUGAAUUAGUUUACAUUCUAACAAAUUAAUAAAAUAAAUCAAUAGAGUUAGAGAGAAAAUUAGAAAUCACUGAUAUUUAAUGGAAUUCUAAUGGUUUGAUAAUAGCAGCCUCUUAUGGUUGUUUAGAUCAUUUAGGUUAAUGUUCUCAUACUUCAUACAUUAAUUGUUGGAAUAUUUUUAAAAGAGAUUUCAAACCUGAUAAACCAACAAUAGUAAUUGAGACUAAUACAUGUAAUAUGUGUAUGUAAUUUCAUCCAACCAAUCCAAACAUCUUAGCAGUUGGAAGUUUUAAUGGUGAAUUGUAUCUAUAUGAUAUUUCAACAAAUUCUGAAUUAGCUCAUUCAACUAUUGAUGAAUAUUAUCAUAGAGAAAGUAUUACUGCUAUUUUAUGGUUAUAAGAUGAGUCAGUAUAUAAUAAAUAUUAUUUAGAUUAUGACUUUGGGUUGUGAAGGUAAAGUCUUAAUUUGGAAUCCAGAAAGAGGAAGUGCUGAAUUUCAUUUAUAGAAUCCAUUGAAAGGUUGCUAUCUAGUAAGAAAAAAGGAAUCUUAAACAGAAAGUGUAGGAGGAGUUUGUAUUGCUUAAUCAAAUGAAGAUCCUUUCUCUUUUAUUGUUGGAAGUGAAGGAGGUUCUGUUUUAAGAGCUUAAAUCACUCCAAUCAAUUAUACAAUGACUAAAUAAACAUAUUUAGAUUCUAGAGGUAUUGUAUUUAAUUAUUUCACAAAAGACAAAGGACUUAUAUGGAAAGAAGAAACUAUCUUAUUUAUGUAGAAUCUAAAUUAAAAAUGUUUACCUGAAAUCAAAUUACAUGUUGAAAAUUAUUGCAAAGAAAGAAAAAUUAAUAAUAUUUUCAUCUAAUAGUUAGUCAAUUCUAAACCUGAUAUUAGAAAAAUGUAUGCUAAUCCUAUAAAUUAUGCUUAUGAAGCUCAUUACGGAACUGUUUUUUCUAUUAAUUUUUCUCCAUUUGUGAAAUCUGCAUUUAUCACAGCUUCUAUGGAUGGACAAAUAAGAUUAUAUUUACAAAAUACAGCUAGAUGUUUAGCUGUUUAUGAAUAUAUUUAAACUUACAUUUUAUCAGCUUAAUUUUCUCCAACUAGACCUUGUGUUUUCGCAGCAUGUGAUAGUACAGGAUAAAUUUUAAUUUUUGAUUUAAUGUAAGACACUUAAUAAUAAGUAAAAUAUCAUAACUAAUUAUAGGUAGUUACUUUAAAAAAUGAUGGAUAGAGUGCUGCUUGUUUGAGAUUUAAUUAAAGACAAUAAGAUUUAUUGGCAUGUUCAUAUUAAGGAUGUGAAGUUAGAAUAUUUUAAUUAAAUGAUGAAUUAACUUAACCUAAAGAGAAUGAACUAAAAGAGCUUUAAUAAUUAUUAACUUGA